ACCACCCAACGUCUCCCACGCCUCGCCCCGUGCGUGCGCACGCGAGCCUCGAGGCGAUCCGCAAGCAGAGGGUUUGAAAUCUCCAACCUCGCAUGGCAUCGCAUCAGCUUGGCUCAUCACGCGCGCAUACUACAAAGCCGUACUGACACAAAGCACAACACACAAUUAAUUCGCUAAUCGCAUCUCCCCACGCACGGUUUAAAUACCACCACAUCACAGUCCAACUCACUCUUUUUCCCUUCGCCCCUCCUCGGCUAGCUCGCAGUGGCAGCUCCUUCCUCCACCACCAGAAGCCAGCCAUGGGCCUCUGCUUCAGCAAGAAGAAGCCACCGGCCGGCGACGCCACGUCCAAGAAACCCGGCAAGAUCUCCGUGGUGGUCCCCGCCGAGAAGGCCAAGAAGACGGCGCUGCAGCCCAAGCGGGCGGCGGAGGGGACGGCCGCGGCCGACAAGAAUUCGGUCUUCGUCGUGAGGACCAAGGCCGCGGUGAGCGGGGAGGAGAAGAAGAAGAAGAAGCGGGGGACCCCGCAGGAGGAGGAGGAGAAGCCGCUGCCGGUGGUGGUGGUGCCCUCGGCGCCGGUGCGCACGUCGAGCUGCACCAAGGAUGAGGUGGACGCGAUCCUCAUCCAGUGCGGCCGGCUCAGCAGGAGCUCCUCCGGGACCGGGAGGGCGGCGUCGAGCGAGACGGGGGGCGGCGGGCACCGGCGAAGGCGAUCGGGGUCGAAGCGGAGCUACGACUUCGAUCAGGAGAGGAGAACUGUCGGUGGUGCAGACGAGCAGGAGUGCGACUGGGAGAGGCAGGGGGUGGCGGCGGUGUCAAGGCCGUCGCCGCACCGGGGCUCGCCGCAGCGGAGGCGGUCGGGGAGCCGGGAGAGGAGCGGCGGCGGCGGGAGCAGGAGAGCGAGCCAGUCGCCGGGGCGGCGCGCGGAGGGCGGUGCAUCCGCUGCGGCGACGGCGAGCUCGGGCGGCGGAGAACGCGCGAGGCAGCAGCCAGGGAAGAUGGUGUCCGUGCCGGCGAGGGAGAAGGGGCGCGCACCGUCGCCCGCGGCCGCGUCAGGGAAGAGGUGCGCGUCUCCGAGAUCGAGCUCUCCCGCGAGGAUGGCGGUGGGGAAUGAGAAUGCUGGCGGUGGGCCAGCGGCAGGGCCGACGCCAUCGCUGAGCCGAAGCUCGUCCAGGAAGGCUGAGCAGUCUCCGUACCGGCGCAGCCCCAUGGCCGAGCUCGACGAGAACUCCCUUCUCCGUAACAACAAUAACAGUGCCAAGCCCCAGAAGAAAUCCACUGAAAAUGCCGUCUCCGCGCCGCCCCAGAAGGUCACGGAGCGCGGAAAGGAGCAGAUGGCGGCACCAAGCGGCCGUUCUGGUAAGGAGAAGUCGGAGAUCGCUGAGGACGUCGCUGCGGCGUCGGAGACGAGAAUGCACUCGUCGAAGACUAACGCAACGCGCACGGUGAGCAUCGUGGCCGAGAGCCUCAACCAGAUGCCCGCCGGCUGCCGGUCGCGGCGGGCAUCGCGUGACUUCGACCAGAACUCCAACUCGUACGCUACCCAGCUCCUCGAGGACAUCCAGAACUACCACGAGCAGCAUCAGACUACCUCCACCGGUGCCACCGCCGCGACGCCGUCCUUCUCGCUCCCGGCUUGCGUCGCCAAGGCGUGCUCCAUCCUGGAGGCCGUGGCCGACCUCAACUCCUCCUCGUCGGAGAACCGCACCUACGAAUACGAGCCCGGCCGCUCCGCCGACGACAAGGGCUCGGUCAACGCGCUGUCCGGCAUGGACGACCGCGUCGAGCCGAGCGUGCGCAAGCACGUACAGCCGGUGCGGGACAUCCGUCGGGAGACCGAGCCACAGGAGUCCGCCGGAAGCAACAGUGUCUCCGGCCACCCGUGGACGCAGUCCUUGGAGCCCACCUCUGUGGAGUCCACGGACCGGACGUGGAGCACCGGCGACGAGGUCGUCGAGCAGGGCGGCAGCCACGGCGCCCCCAGCCCGAUGAACCAGCCCCGGCAGAGCAAGCAGCGGCCGUCGCAGCCUGAGCACAGCAGCAGGUCGCGCGCCGUCUCUGGCAAUGGUAACAGCUUGCACCGUGGACGCAGCGCUCAUCGUGGCAGCGGCAGCGUGGCGAGCGGCCGAUCGGGUGUUCGGGUCGUCUCGGCGACAUCGUAGUGGAUGAAAAUUGCUAAAUAAGGCAUGUUGCUGCAUGGUUUCUGCGUGAGUUCGUGUGUUCUAGGCGGUGGUAGUGGCAAGAUGGAUUGCUGCUUUUCACAGAUGUGUUUGUGUUCGUUAUUGUUGGUACAUUGUUCAAAUAUGAUCGGAGAGUGGUAUCGUGGUUGUGACACUGGCAAUGUAUACUCUAUUGUCGGUUGAUACUACUUGUGAAGAAUCAAUUGUUU